GUGAUGGAGACCCGACAGGUGACCAGAAGCCCCCGGGUGCGGCUGCUGCUGCUGCUGUUGCUGCUUGUGCCCUGGGGCACCCGCACUGCCUCAGGUGUUGCCCUGCCUCCUGCCGGGGUCUUCAGCCUUCGCACCCCGGCCCGGGCCUCGUCGGGUCCAGUCACCCCACUGUCGCGGCGGAGCUUGGCGCUGGCGGACGACGCUGCCUUCCGAGAGCGCGCGCGGCUCUUGGCCGCCCUCGAGCGCCGCCACUGGCUGAACUCGUACAUGCACAAGCUGCUGCUGCUGGACGCGCCCUGA